UGCCUCCCGCCCAGGACAGAAGGCGCUAGGAGCUCAGUCUCCAGCUCAGACAGGAGCGCAGCAGCAGCAGCAGCAGCAGCAACAGCAGCAGCAGCAGCAGCGGUGGGAGCGCGUUAGGACAGGCUCCUACACACCGGGCGUCUGGACAAGGAUCCGAGGCUGCAGGACUGGGGAAGCGGAGGAUCCCAGAGCACCCUGAGCCCAGCGCAGAGCCCAACAGAGUUGCUGCUGCAUUCACCUGCACCCUUAGUAGCUGCUGCAGCCCAGGACUGCUCCGGAGCUCAUCCAAGCUGAAGAGCGACAGAAAAAAAUCACGAGAUGGGCCAAGGGCUCAGGACUCUGUCCUGGUAGCAACAAUCAGAAGAGGGAACACCUGAGGUGCCUGGGUAGCCUGGACUACACAUCUGGACGCCCCUCCUCACCCCCCAGUUGUCUCGGUGACCUCCCGCCCGCGGGGCAUCGAUUUCUCCUCAGGUGCACAGGAGGGGAACGCCAUGGAGGCGCUGAGCAGCACAGGUCUGCAGCAGAAGUGAGGUGGUCCCGCCAGGAUCGGCGGGACCCGCGGAUCAUGUACGGAGACGUGUUCAACGCCACCAGCGGCCCGGAGGCAGCGGGAAGCGGCGCACUGGCCCCCGGAGCCACAGUUAAGGCAGAGGGUGCUUUGCCUUUGGAACUGGCUACCGCGCGUGGAGUUCGGGACGGCUCGGCCACCAAGCCUGACCUGUCCACCUACCUGCUGCUCUUCUUCCUCCUGCUGCUAUCUGUGGCUCUCGUCGUCCUCUUCAUCGGCUGCCAGCUGCGCCACUCGGCCUUUGCUGCGCUGCCCCACGACCGCUCGCUGCGCGAUGCCCGUGCGCCCUGGAAGACGCGGCCGGUUUAGAGCAGACUGAAUCAGGCCCUCGGGGCGCUUGGUCUUAGUCUCCAAGAGCCUCCAGCAGGAGCAGGGCAGGGUGGGCUCCAGAGUCGCUGGCCCCUGGGACACUUCGCCUAGAACUAAAAAUCCCUUUCGGACCUGGAGAAUAAGUGAUGGCGGGAGAGCCGUUGAGGUUUGUGUGGGGUGCCUGAAAGUACUCCCCAGUCGAGUGCCCCCUUCUACCCUCUACAUCGGGUCCUGCCAGGAAACCAUCCAGAAAGAGGAGUACCCAGCCAGACAGGAGCCUGGCUUUGCCUGGUGAGUUCCUGGCUUUGCUCACAGAGGGGCAGCAGGCACGGCAAGGGACUAACCAAGAGCUGCCUCUCCGGACUGGGCUCCCCAGCCCUAUGGCUGUCUCCCUGCAGCGGCUACCACCCCUCUUGCUCCUUGACCCUGGGGAUCCGAUAGGGAAAUAAUGCAAGGGUUCAUUGUGUCCAGCUCGGGUUCAAGUACCUAGUUUCCUUUAAGAGCAGGGGCCCAGGGAGCUAGUGGAGGCGCAAAGGGUCACAGCUGCAGGGUCCUGCACGGGAGAGUCUGCACCUCGGGCCUCCACGGAUCAUGUUUCUACAAUAAAAUCUCACCAAAUUAAACCCAGCACUGAGAACACUGAUCAUUAGUUGUACCAUUUUGGAAAGGGAGUAUGAGCGAGUCUAUUUAGGGGGCCUGACCCGAGGUAUCUUCUCCUGCCAGGGCCGGUCUGAGCAUACCACCUCCUCCCUGGUUUUCCCCAGCAUUUCACCUGCUAUGGAAAGAGGGGUUUGUUUUGUUUUGUUUUGUUUUGUGGCAGACUCCAGGGAUAACUGUCAUCUGACCUGCUGAAUCAGUUCCUUCUAACAGGACCCCAUGGAGACCCUCUGCGAGGCAGACCCUUCCCUUGCACCUCUGCUCUCAGAGCCUCCUUGGGCCUGAAGCUCCUGAACCAGAGACAGGGCUUGGUGAAGGUAGGUCCUAAAACGGGGAGAGGGCACUUCCUCCUAAGCAGAGAGAAGUCAGUCCUGAGAACCCCACAGGAACGGAGGGCGAGGAGAUGGGUCUGGGGACAGCCUUGGCUAUUUUCAAAGUCAGCCUAAUUCCAGGUGGAUGGUUGGUUUUUGACACAGGGUCUCACAGCACUGGCUUGGAACUCAUGGAGGUCUGCCUGCCCCUGCCUCUGCUUCUGCCCCUGCCUCUGCCUCUCGAGGGCUGGGAUUAAGGGCAUGUGCUACCGUGUCAAGCCAAGAAGUUCUUUUCAUGGUCGUGUAAAAUACUCUCAGGAGCUACUUGGCUUAAAGUUCACUUCACUUGAGCUUAGGAGACGUUUUUACUGAAGAAGAAUCUGACAUAUUAAUCCAGUUAAUUCUCAGCCAUGCUGGAGUCAUGGGAACCUGAAGCAGGAAAAGCACAUUAGCCCCUGCCCGAAUGCAUACACACAGGGAAGUCGGCAACAUUCAUAAGGGCUUUCAGACAUGUUCGGAUGGCCGAACAGGAGGCUCGGGCAGCCUAGGCAGGGUUCUCCACCAUGCCUCUUACCCCUACCCUAGGAAGCCGGGGAGGUGGCAGGCAGUGGCAGGAAAGCUCCCAGGUGUGGGGUUGCUCACAAAGCCGGCAGGCUCUAGCUAGCACAACCCACUCCACAAGCUCCCCAGAGCAUUGUAGAUUAUAGGAAACGAAGCCAAACAUCUUCAAGCCUUCGGUAAGGAUAAGCCAGCUAAUCCACAGGCAAUGUGGCUACAGAGACUUCAUGAGCAUAGACGAGCAAACCACGAGCCCCUAGCUGGCAUACCAAAAUCACAUUCUCAAGACUGGGGACUGGGGACUGGGGACUGGGAAGGAUGGGGAUAUUGUGUAGAAGGGCAUUCUACUACACCCCAGCGGCCAGCUUUGAAGGUGAUGUGCUGAGCCAGUCCCAACUUUGUCCUGACCCUCCGGCUUUACAUGCCAACUUAAAGCCAUAUGAUAUGAUCUUGUGUGAACUAUUUAACCUAUGUCCUGAGGCCUCUUCUGUGAAAUGGGUAUGGUAUCACCAAGCUCUGUCAGGCAGCAUACUAAACCAGUGUAACGGCCUGAACAAUGCUCCCACUGAAGACUUACCAAAUGCUAACGAUGGUUAAAUUGAGAUACAGAUGUUAGGCAGCACUCCUGAGGGGAGAAGCUGACUCCCAGACAGGAUGUGCUCACCUGACUUCUGUGGCCACAAGAAAAAGCCAAGGCUGGUCCCCUCAGAGAAGAGCAUGACUGAGUGAUAGGCUACGAAGUUAGUCACCUGUGGUUCCUAAGCCACUAUCAGCAAUAGCCACAAUGAUGCACAGCCAUUGGGACCCCUUCAUAGCACCAAGGUGGCCAAAGGUGCUGGAACACGUCUCUAGAACGUGGCUGUGGCUACUUUCAGUAGAUGCUUCUGGAAUACAGUCUCAGAUAACUGGGCCUACAUGGAGCUGGAAUCUAGAAAGCAGGCCGAGUGAGAGGGAGCCCCUUGUGCCAGCACUUUCUGAAUGACUCUACCUAUUUCCUGGGCUGGCUGAGCAACAAUGGCUCUUCUUUACGUGGGACUGGGGUUCCCCAGGGACAGCAGGAUGUGGCCGAAUUCACAUCUCCUCUGCCAAUAUGAAAGCCAGCGGACUACAAUGGGAUUACAAUUUAGUAUUGUGGGCAGAGUGAUAGGUAUGCUCUCCCCAAUCUGAUGUCAAGGUCCUGAUUCCCAGAACGGCUGCAUUUUCAGGGAACUGGAGGUUCCUGAAGACAGGGGUGAAGCCCUCAUGUACCCCUCACUCCCCGUAGCUGAGCUAUGUGUGCACAUACAGAGAUGCUGGCCAUCUUCGAACCCUCUUCCCAAACUGACUUAACCAGAAUCUUCAAACUGGACUUCUAACUUCCAGAUUAUAAGAAAAUA